UGCUUCCAACUUACACAUCUUUCCACUCACUCCCUCUCUCUCUCUCCUCCCCUCCCCUCCCCUCCCCCCAUGAAGAACCAACGACUAUUUCCCCAUUUCUCACCACCAACCACCAUUGAAAUCACUUCUGCAAUUCUCUCUCUUUCUUCGACUUCUAUGCUCCAAUUUCUGCGUGAAGGCGGAGUUUAAUUGCGAGGUGGAGGAAAUUUCAGACAUGGCGACCCAAAAAUCGGCAAAGGAGAGGCAAACGUGGCAGACAUCGUUGUCAUCAUCGUCGUCGUUGAAUAUCUCGGCAAAUUCUUUGAAUAAGAGCAUCAAUGGUCCUAUAAUGCAGCAGCAACUCAAUCGAUCUAAGGCUCCUGCUACGACAAAACGCUCCGUCACCCCGAAUUCUAGGGUUCACGAUUCGAAACGCUCUGUGACUCCUGUUUCGGGAACACAUAAUAAUGUCGGAGAUAUUGAUUCUGUCAAAGCAUCUACCGCCAAUAAGCGCCCGGUUACUCCUAUUUCCAGAGCUCAUAACAAUGCCGGAGACCUUGCUUCUAUUAAAUCACCUAUUAACAAGCGUUCUGCUACUCCUCUCAGCAGAACGAACUCAAUUGCUGCUCAUGACCCAGAACCUGGAAGAGUUAGAGUUGCUGUGAGGCUUCGACCGAGAAAUGAUGAAGAUCUUGCUUCAGAUGCAGAUUUUGCUGAUUGUGUUGAACUACUGCCUGAGCUGAAGAAACUGAGUUUGAAGAAAAACAACUGGAGUUCUGAAUCUUAUAAAUUUGAUGAAGUAUUUACUGAAUCCGCUUCCCAAAAGCGCAUUUAUGAAGUGGUAGCAAAACCUGUUAUUGAGAGUGUAUUGAGUGGCUAUAAUGGGACAAUUAUGGCAUACGGUCAAACAGGUACUGGGAAGACUUACACUGUUGGCAACCUAGGUAAAAAUGAUGCAUCAGAACGUGGCAUCAUUGUGAGAGCUGUAGAAGACAUCAUCGCCAAUACAUCUCUUGCUCAUGAGAGCGUGGAGUUCUCCUAUAUACAGCUGUACAUGGAAACAAUUCAAGAUCUACUUGCGCCUGAGAAGGUUAACAUUCCGGUUGUUGAGGAUGCCAAGACGGGAGAGGUGUUGUUGCCUGGUGCCUCCGUGAUUAAAAUUCAUGAUCUUGACCAUUUUAUGGAACUGCUUCAGUAUGGCGAGGCAAAUCGCCAUGCUGCAAAUACCAAGCUCAACACAAGUUCUUCACGUAGUCAUGCUAUAUUAAUGGUUUCUGUUAAAAGGUCCAUAGCUGGGAAAGGAAAAACUGAUACUUGUGAAAAAGUGGCUGGCACAGAAGCAUGCAUUGACAUAGGCAUAGAUAAGAUACGAAAAGGAAAGCUUCUGAUUGUGGAUCUUGCUGGAUCUGAAAGGAUAGAUAAAUCUGGCAGCGAAGGACUAUUGCUCGAGGAGGCUAAAUUCAUCAAUCUCUCUCUCACUGCUUUGGGAAAAUGCAUAAAUGCAUUGGCUGAAAGUAGUCCACAUAUCCCAACUCGAGAAUCCAAGUUAACACGAAUUUUGCGUGACUCAUUUGGGGGCUCUGCUAGGACUUCUUUGAUAAUAACAGUUGGGCCUUCAGCACGGCACCAUGCAGAAACUACUAGCACAAUAAUGUUUGGGCAAAGAGCUAUGAAGGUAGUAAAUAUGAUGAAGGUGAAGGAAGAAUUUGAUUAUGAGAGGUUAUCCAGAAAGCUUGAAAGCCAAGUUGACCAUCUUACCAAAGAAAUUGAUAGACAACAAAAGCUGAGGGAUAAUUAUAAGAAUGAAAUGGAGAAGAAGAUCAAAGAGUUUCAAGGUUCAUUUGUUGAGGAAGAAAAUAGGCUAAUUGCAAGGUCUGAGAUCCUGGAGAAGGAGAAUGCUUCUUUGGAGCUGGAUAUGAAGGCUAUGUUGGAUGAAUUGAAUCAUCAAAAAGAUUAUAAUAAACUAUUGCAUGAUGAAGUUUCAAAUCUAGAAACGGAAAUAGACCAUUACAAGAAAAAUCAUCAGGAAAGCUCGACAUACCAGAAAGCUCUUGCGGAUACUACCCAGAUGUAUGAAAACCAAAUAGCAGCAAUGAUUGAGCAAUUGGAGGACCAACGAGUUCGCUCUGGAAGAGCUGAAAACCAAUCAGAUGCCUUGAAGGCACUCCUGAGAGAUCACGAGGACUCAAUGAAGCUCUGUGAAACAGAAAAUUCCAAACAUCAGAAGGAGCUGCUUGAUGCCAAGCAAACAUAUGAGAAGACAAUAUCACAGUUAAAGAAGCAAUUAGAUGACAUGCAUUUUCGUACCGAGCAAGCUGAGAAGAAAGUGGAUUCUCUAAGCAAAGUUUCAAGUGAUCAGACUUCUGAGCAGAAAUAUCUCUUAGAAACCAUCCAGCUGUAUGAGGAGAAAAUAACCAAUUUAGAGAAGCGAUUUGAAGAUGAGCAUGCUGGUCGUAAAAGUGCAGAAGAGCAAAUGGAAUCGUUGAAAAAACAUUUGAGCGAAGAGAAAACAAGUCAAGAUCAGGUGAAGUGCAACAUUACUGAUUUGAUGGAAAGAUUGGAAGAAAAAGACCAAAAUCAUAAGGCAACUGUUGACAAAUUGAAUUCUCUGCAAAUAGAAAAUGAGAUUCUUCUAUCAGAAAAGGAAAAAUUCAAGGAUAAACUUGAUGCUUUGAAGGAGAAAUUGUUGGCUGAGGAAAAGCAAAGGAUGAUACUUCAAGAUGAAUUGGUGAAGUUAAAAAAACGUUUAUCAGAAAAUAACGAAGGCAUUGAGGAUAAGAAACCUUAUGCCAAACAGCAGAUGAGAGAAUCAUCUUCAUUUCGGUCAGCCAUAGGUUUGAACAGAUCUAUAACUGGGCAGAGGGCAACAAUUGCCAAGAUAUGUGAAGAAGUUGGGCUUGAAAGAAUACUUAAAUUGUUAUCAUCUGAAGAUAUCGAAGUUCAAAUGCAUGCCCUUAAGGUUGUAGCGAAUCUAGCUGCUGAAGAUAUUAAUCAGGAGAAGAUUGUGAAUGAGGGAGGCCUGGAUGCCCUCCUUAUGUUAUUGCAGACAUCUCAAAAUACCACAAUUCUUAGAGUUGCUUCUGGUGCUGUUGCCAAUUUGGCUAUGAAUGAGAAUAAUCAAGGCUUGAUAAUGAGCAAGGGAGGUGCUCAUCUUUUAGCAGAUACAACAUCAAAAACAGAUGAUCCCCAAACUCUUCGAAUGGUGGCUGGAGCAAUUGCGAAUUUAUGUGGCAAUGUUUCAUUACACACAGCACUCAAAGAUAAUGGAGGGAUUAAGGCACUUUUAAGCAUGGCUGGUUCUACAAAUGUCGAUGUCAUUGCACAGGUAGCCAGGGGAUUAGCUAACUUCGCAAAAUGUGAAACACGAGAGGUUAUACAAGGUCAUAGAACAGGUCGCUCACUUCUCAUGGAAGAUGGUGCACUAAAAUGGUUGAUUGUCAACUCUAAGACUGCCUCUGAAUCAACUAGACGCCAUAUGGAACUUGCCCUUUGUCAUUUAGCACAAAAUGAGGGUAACACACAAGACUUCAUAUCCACCGGAGGAUUAAGGGAGGUGGUGCGAAUAUCAUCUGAAUCGGCUAGAGCAGAUAUCCGCAAUUUGGCUAAGAAGACCUUGAAAUUGAAUCGUUUGUUUCAAGCACAGAUGUCAGAAGAAUGAACAAAUUGCAGGUGUCAAGUGUCAAGUGUCAAGUGUGGAGCUACAUCCUUAUGUUUUGUUUGCUAAUUCGUUUAUCAUCAUAUUAUAUAUUUCUCAUGGGGCCAAAAUAGGGAAGUUCUUCAGUUAAAGACUUAACGGCCCGUUUGUUAACCGGCCAUAAAUAGUGUCAAUGGGAAUGAAUUUGUAUGUAAAUUUGUAAGGAAAAUCAAUAUUCAUUCCCAUGGUAAUGCUAAUUCACUCAAAAUUAUCUCUUUUUCUUUAUAAAUUUCCAUUACCAUCCAUUACCAUUUGGGGAGUGGUAUUAGGUGGGAAUGCAAAUUUAUGAAGAACAACACAAAGCAUGAGACAAAAUUUCAUUACCAUGGACAUCAUGAUGUUAAUUUCUUGCCAAAUAACACUAGGAUUUAUUCCCAUUCCCACCGUUUAUUACCGGCUACCAAACGGGCCGUAAAGGUAUAUUAGUACAGGAAUGUAAAUUGUAUGCUACAAAAACUUAUAUAUGACGGUUUAGUGUAUAAAAGACCAACUUGAUUUAUGUACUGUAACUAUUUGACACAAAUACAUAACUAUUUUGUAUGAAAUUACACAUUAUCAUUUUA